GUUAAAACUCCCGUAUUCUUGCACGUGUCAAUCCAAGAUGGCUCGCAAUAAGUCAAAAGGCAAAGAGACCGAGGAGAGAUCAACGACGACAAGUUCUAGUAGAGCGAGAUCUGCUGCACUCCGAGCACGUCGUUCUGUACUCAAAGGCGUACACACAAAAGCCAAGCGAAAAACGCGCACGUCAGUACACUUUCAUCGCCCCAAGACACUCCGUAAGGCUAGAAACCCGAAAUAUCCGCGCAAGUCGGCUCCUCGAGUGAACAAACUUGACAAACACGCCAUCAUCAAGCAUCCACUCACGACCGAGUCUGCCAUGAAGAAAAUCGAGGACACGAACACUCUCGUGUUCAUUGUCGACAUACGGGCGAACAAGCCGCAGAUCAAGACGGCUGUAAAGAGUCUGUACGACAUCGAUGUGGCGAAAGUGAAUACGCUCAUCAGGCCUGAUGGACUCAAGAAGGCGUACGUUAGAUUAGCUCCUGACUACGACGCACUCGAUGUGGCGAACAAGAUUGGCAUUAUAUGAACUGAACUUUGCGUGGGCGUGAUUUUGUUGUUCUUGAGACGAGUACUAUAAUUUGCCAAUAAAUGUAAUAACUCAG